GAAGUAAAACAUAACAAGAAGAACUUGGAGACCACCGCUCGGUGAUAACAGCACCCCGAACAACCUGAAGAUCACAACUAACAAGAAGAGCCACGGGCUGAAGACCACUGCUCGUUACUUUAUAUAUAUAUAUAUCUAUAUAUCUAUAUAGAUAUAGAUAUAUCUAUAUAGAUAUAUAGAUAAGCCAUAACGUUGUGAAAAAUCCACUGACGUGAAAUUGCAAGGAUGUGACUUCCUUUCAUUCUUCUAGUCUGGGUCUCUGCUGUUAGUGAGCCGUCAGCUUAGAGAGCAAAGCCAGAACCCUCAAUGAGUCCUCACUAAGAGAUGUGUCUAACUCUAACCCAACCAGGAGCCCUGACCCUGGGGGUAAGCCCCUAACCCAACCAGGAGCCCUGACCCUGGGGGUAACCCAGGGAUCUGCAGAGCUGUGAUGGAGAGAACCCUGUCAGGUCUCCGAUCUCCAUUGGAAGGAUACCGGCGCACCCGGGCGCCCAGCACCUCGCCGGCCGAGCCGGAGGACGCGCGCCUCGUCCUCAUCAACCGACCCCAACAGGGCCGCUUCUGCAACAACCUCGUCUGCACUGCCAAGUAUAAUGCACUCACCUUCAUGCCUCGGUUCCUCUUCGCUCAGUUCAGAAGGGCCGCCAACUCCUUCUUCCUGGUCAUCGCCAUGCUGCAGCAAAUACCGGAUGUGUCCCCGACGGGGCGCUGGACCACGCUGGUGCCCCUGGUGGCCAUCCUGUUGGUGGCGGCUGUGAAGGAGAUCAUCGAGGAUACGAAACGCCACAAAGCCGACAACGUGGUCAACAGGAAGGAGACCAGGAUCCUCCGGAACGGGGUGUGGGAGACCGUGGAGUGGGCCAAGGUAACGGUGGGGGACAUCAUCAGAGCUGCAGACGGCGACCCCCUCCCUGCUGACCUCGUCCUGCUUUCAUCCAGUGAGCCCCACGCUAUGUGCUACAUCGAGACGUCAAACCUGGACGGAGAGACCAACCUCAAGAUCAGACAGGGCCUGCAGGCGACAGCCCGGCUGAAGGACCCAGAGAGUAUGUCGGAGCUCUCUGGCCAGCUGGAGUGUGAGGGCCCCAACCGACAUCUCUACGACUUUGUGGGUCGGAUCCAGUUGGAGGGACGCUGCCAGGUGGCGGUGGGCUCGGACCAGCUGGUGCUGCGAGGGGCCACUCUGAGGAACACCCAGUGGGUGCACGGCCUUGUGAUCUACACGGGCCACGACACCAAGCUCAUGCAGAACUCCACGCGGCCGCCGCUCAAGCUGUCCAGCGUGGAGCGCCUCACCAACCGCCUCAUCCUGUUCCUGGUGGGCUGCCUGCUGCUCAUCUCGCUGGGCUGUGCCGCCGGCCAGUCGCUGUGGAAGAGGCUCCACGGAGACCACGCCUGGUACAUGGACCUCAACUAUGGCAGCGCGGCUAACUUUGGGCUGAACUUCUUAACCUUCAUCAUCCUCUUCAACAACCUGAUCCCCAUCAGCCUCCUGGUCACCCUGGAGGUCAUCAAGUUCACCCAGGCCUACUUCAUCAACUGGGACAUGGACAUGCAUCAUGAGGCCACUGAUACGUGGGCUGUGGCUCGGACAUCCAACCUCAAUGAGGAGCUCGGACAGGUUAAAUACAUCUUCUCUGAUAAGACGGGUACACUGACCUGCAACGUGAUGCAGUUCAAGAAGUGCACCAUAGCCGGGGUCCCAUAUGGACACAACAUGGCGGCUAGGGAGCAGGAGGAAGAGGAAGGCUUUGACGACCCCACGCUGAUCUCAAACCUUCAAUCCGGCCACGCCUCGGCCCCUGUCAUACAGGAGUUCCUCACCAUGAUGGCUGUGUGCCACACGGCCGUGCCAGAGAAGGUGGACGGUGUCAUCGUGUAUCAAGCCUCCUCCCCAGAUGAGUCAGCCCUGGUGGAGGCAGCCAGAGACCUGGGCUUCGUGUUGGCUGGUCGGACACCAGAUUCUGUCAUUAUUCAGGCUUUUGGGGCAGAGCAGAGUUUUGAAUUACUGAAUGUCCUGGAGUUCUCAAGUGCAAGAAAGAGAAUGUCAGUGAUAGUGCGCACGCCCUCGGGCCAGAUCCGGCUGUACUGCAAAGGCGCCGAUUCUGUGAUCUACGAGAGGCUGUUACAUACCUCCAAGCACAGAGAGGUCACCCUGGAGCACCUCCAACUCUUUGCCACAGAGGGGCUGAGGACCCUGUGCUACGCCGUCGUUGACAUCUCGGACGCCGCCUACGGGGCGUGGAGCGAGGGCCACCGGCGAGCUGCCAGCGCCCUCACAGACCGCCUCCUGAGGCUGGAGGAGAGCUACCAGCUCAUCGAGAGGGACCUCCAGCUGCUGGGGGCCACGGCCAUCGAGGACCGGCUGCAGGACGGGGUGGUGGAGACCAUCGAGACACUGCUCAAGGCCCACAUCAACAUCUGGAUCCUGACCGGAGACAAGCAGGAGACGGCCGUCAAUAUAGGUCAUUCCUGUGGUCUGCUGAAGGAGACCACCGCCCUCCUGAUAGUGAACGGGGACACCCUGGAUGCCACGCGAGACGCCCUAACCCAGCACUGUGGUUCGGGGGCGGGGCUCCGCGGGGGGCGGGCGCUGGUGAUUGACGGCCGCACACUGGACCACGCCCUCAGCGCGGCGAGCCGCCGGGCCUUCCUCGACCUGGCGCUGUCCUGCUCCGUGGUCAUCUGCUGCAGGGUGUCUCCUCUGCAGAAGUCUCAGGUGGUGGAGCUGGUGAAGACGGAGGUGAAGGCCAUCACGCUGGCAGUGGGCGACGGCGCCAACGACGUGGGCAUGAUCCAGACGGCCCACGUGGGGGUGGGCAUCUCGGGCCACGAGGGGCUGCAGGCGGCCAACUCCUCGGACUACUCCAUCGCCCAGUUCAAGUUCCUGCGGAACCUGCUGCUGGUGCACGGAGCAUGGAGCUACAACCGAGUGGCCAAAUGCAUCCUGUACUGCUUCUACAAGAACAUCGUCCUCUACAUCAUCGAGAUCUGGUUUGCCCUUGUCAACGGGUUCUCAGGUCAGAUCCUAUUUGAGAGGUGGUGUAUCGGACUGUACAAUGUGAUAUUUACUGCCAUGCCGCCGCUAGCGAUGGGUAUAUUUGAGCGCUGCUGCCAGAAGGAGACCAUGCUGAAGUACCCGGAGCUCUACAGGACGUCUCAGGAGGCUCAGGGAUUCAAUGCAAAGGUGUUCUGGUUCCACUGUCUGAACGGCCUGCUCCAUUCUGCUGUGCUGUUCUGGCUCCCCCUGCUGGCGUUCAGACACGACACGGUGUCCUGGAAUGGGAGGACUACCGACUACCUACUGCUAGGAAACAUGGUUUACACGUGUGUCGUGGUCACGGUGUGUCUCAAGGCGGGCUUGGAGACGUCGUCGUGGACUGUGUUCAGCCACGUGGCCCUGUGGGGCAGCAUCGCCCUGUGGCUGCUCUUCUUCUGGCUCUAUUCCAACCUGUGGCCCUCCAUCCCUUUGGCCCAGGACAUGCCCGGCGAGGCUGAGAUGAUGUACACCUCAGGGGUCUUCUGGAUGGCCCUGCUCCUGGUUCCGGUCACCGCCCUCCUGCUGGACGUGGUCCUCACAGUAGUGAGGAGGUCUGUGUGGACGUCUCUGUCUGAUGAUGUAAGGCAGCUGGAGGCCAGCCGCCAGGACCCAGCAACUGUGGUACAAAACAGAAGCCUCUCGGAAAGAGCGCAGCUCCUGCGGAACGUGUUUGGGCGAGCGACAGAGCCCUCCUACAGCGAGAACUCCCAGCAGCAAAACCUUUUGCACGGCUACGCCUUCUCUCAGGAUGAGAACGGGGCGCUUUCCCAGUCGGACCUCGUCCGCUCCUACGACACAACGACGAACGACGCCGUACGGAGGUCAGCAGAAUGAAGGAUGAGAACCGUCCGCUCUCAUUGCACUACUUUAAAGGACCCAGUCGGACCAGAGGUCAGCAGAAUGAAGGAUGAGAACCGUCCGCUCUCAUUGCACUACUUUAAAGGACCCAGUCGGACCAGAGGUCAGAGGAACAGUGUGACUGAAGUCAGAGGCUCUUUUGUCCCUCCACAAGUGUUGCAUACUGACCCCAAUGGGUCUGUGUUUGAGCACUCCACUUUUGAAGCUCAUGCCAAUGAAGGGUCAAUCUUAUCCACGGAGACCAGGAUAAUGUUUAUCAUGUUAAAAUCAUGUUUAUUCAAAAUGAUUUUAACUCUUCUAUUGUAGUUAAAUAUCUGUCACUGCUCUUUUAACUUCCAACACUUGACACGGACGUUACUAAACAUGUCAGUUGGUUUUAAUCACGUUUUCACAGCUACUCUCUUCAUACUUGAGUCUUUAUGAUGCUGCUUUAUUGAAACGUUUUGUAACUAUCAAUGGAGGGUUAGGGUUAGGGU